UCUCAAGGGGAAGAUAAAAUGACAAAGAGGAAGAAGCUGCGGACCUCAGGAGACGGACUCUGUCCUCCAAAACCUCUAAAGACCCCAAGGCUAGGAGACUCUGAUGGGGACCCCCAGAGUUCCAUGUUGGGCUGUUUACAUCACCCUGAGGAGCCAGAGAGUAAACUGGGACCUGUUCCCUCUACACAGCAGCACGGGGAGGAACCAGGAAAGGCGGUCUGCAGCUCCCCAGAUGAGGAAACAGGAGCUCCCUGCUGGCUCCUCCAUCAACCAGAGAAGGAGCCAGCUCCCCUUCCUCCUUCCCAGAACUCAGUUGGGAGGUUUGUUCCCCAGUUUGCAAAAUCCAGGAAGACAGUGGCAAGAAACGGAGAGACAAAGGAUGAGGACCUCAGGAGUGGGGCCUUUAGCCUGGAAACCCUCCCAGAGUCCAGUGCCCAGAGUCCACGAUGCCAGCCGCUAGUGGAGACCCUGGGGCUCCCCUUCCAGGAGGCCACGGAGCCGGGGGACCCAACGCAGGCAGACAGUGCCCACCCUGAGCAGAGCAGCCAGAGCCCUGUGCAGGCUGUGCCCAGCAGUGGAGAUUCUCAGCCUGAUGACCCUCCAGACAGGGGGACAGGGUUGUCCUCCUCACAGAGGGCCAGCCAAGACCACCUGUCAGAACAAGGGGCUGAAGACAGCAGGCCUGAGACAGAUGGGGUUCCAGGUGAUCGUGGCCAAAAGGAACACCUACCAAGCAGUGAUUCUGAAGGGGAGAAGCCAGACAGAGGAGCCCUCAAGGAGGGAGGGGCCCAAAGGACAGCAGGGGCUGGCCUGCCUGGAGGGCCCCAGGAGAAGGGAGACAGUAUCCCCUGUACCCCAGCAUCAGCUCCUACCUUGGGCCCUGCUCUGGGACUGGGCCCUGCCUCUUGGUGCCUGGAACCUGGGUCUGUGGCCCAGGGCUCCCCUGACCCCCAGCAGACCCCCAGCAGGAUAGGCAGGGAAGGGGAAGGGACUCAUAGCAGCCUGGGAUGCUCCUCCCUCGGGAUGGUUGUCAUUGCAGACCUGAGCACAGACCCUGCUGAGCUGGAAGAGAGGGCUCUGGAGGUGGCUGGGCCCGAUGGGCAGGCCAGCACCAUGUCACCUACCUCUCCCAAGAGGAAGGCCGCUGAUGGAGGCUACAGGAGGGCCCUGCCAGGCUGCACCCCACUCACUGGGGAAACCGCAGGAGAAACGGGGGAGGCAGGGCAGGAUGACAUGCCCCCUGGCGAUGUCCCAGUGGGCCCGACAGCCUCCCUGGCUCUGGCACCCGGGAGUGGAGAGUCCAUGAUGGGCGCUGGAGAUUCCAACCAUGCAGCCACGGACACCGGUCCAUGUGUCGAUCAAAAGCAGGAGCCAGGCCCUACUCCAGAGGCAGCCGAGUCAGGUGGCCAGGACCUCGAACAAGACCUUGAGGGGCUCCGUGUGUCCCCGCAAGCUUCUGUUCUGCCAGAACACAGAGGAGCAGCAGACAGCCCUCUCCAGGAGCCUGGGGCCCAGCAGGGCAUAGACACCACCUCAGACCUGGCAGGGCAGCAAGACCACCUGCCUCAUCCUGCAGACCAGGCCGCCUGGGCAGACUCUUCAGCUGUGGAACUCGACUUCCUGCUGGACAGCCAGAUACAGGAUGCCCUGGACGCUUCUGACUUCGAAGCCCUGCCUGAGCAGUUCUUUCCUUCCGGGAACAAGCCGGGCCCUUGCUGGCCGGGCCCCAGCCCACAUGCCAAUGGAGACCCUGUUGCAGUGGCCAAGGCCCAGCCGAGCCGGCUGAUCAUGGGCACCCACCGGGACCUGGAAGCCUUCAAGCGCCUCAACUACCGGAAGACAAAGCCGGGAGGCAAAGCCCCCCUGCCUUACCCUUCCAAGGGGCCUGGGAAUGUCCCUCGAGGGGACCCACCCUGGAGGGAACUGUAGGCCACUUUGAGGUCUGUGUUUCCUUUGCCACCCAGCCCCCAUGCCUGCGGACCUCCUCCAAGAUGCUCCAGGGGGUCCUAGUGGACCCUACAAACCUCCCUUCAGUUGCCCGGAAGUUGGUCUUCCAUGGACAACACAAAGGAGGCCCCGAGGUCCUGGCCUCACCUGGCCAGGAUCAAGGUCAGUAGCCUCCCUUGGCUUCAGAGAGGGAAACUGUGUCUCCUGCAGCCCCAGUGGCUUCAGGCGGGCCUGGGCUCCAGGAAGCCGGCCACUUCCAAGCAGGGCCCAUCCUGUCCGGAUUUGCAAAUGUUAGGCUCCUGAGCCAAGUAUGGAAGGUUCAGAAUUUGUUUCUUUCCUGGAGGAGAAGAGAGCUCCCUUUGUUUUCUUUCUCCCUAUUUCCAUUUUAUUUAUUCUGGGAAGACCCGUAGUAAAUGAUUCUGUAGAGGCCCCGUGA